AAGAGACAAAAUUAGUCCUGACAAUAUUCCCUUUAAUUAAAAGUAAAUUUCAACUUAUUUUUUAAAUUUCUUUCUAAAACAUAAUAUUUUAAUAGAUAUAUCCUGUAAAAUUUGAGAUGUAUUGUGGGAAUUCAGAUUAAUUGGAAUAUGUACGAAAGAACGCGUACUGUGUUCCUGCUUCCUACCCGGUCUAAAGGUGUUUGUGCAAGAUCAAGACACCUCGUGUGAACUGAAAGCAGACUUGGAAUUUUUCAGGUUUGUCCAGCAAAUAUAGAAUAUAAAGUUGUAAGGAUGUGAAGAUUUUCCAAUGUUGAGAAUCUUCCAUGGUGUGAUGUAUGCAACUGGUAGGUUCCUUGUUGCGAGGUUGAUGAAUACAAUUCAACCAUGCAACCUAACAAAGUUGACUGAAAGCACCCCUCUCAAAAAGUUCCAAGCUUUAUAAACAAACGUUCGAGAAAGUAUUCUCUAUUUUCUUCUUGUCAUCUUUCCUUCAUUCCAUGUCUUUAUAGCCGCUCCCUGCUGCCACCAUCUCCAUGAAGCUCAACCGUCUUUGCAUCAUCUUGCCGGCUGACUUGGAUGAAAUCGCACAAUAUGGCCAACCCAGGCUCCCUCCACCACCUGCAAAAGCAGAGGCGAAAAAACACCACCACCACCACCACCACCAUGGUUGCGGGAGUCAAGUUGUAGCUUUCUUUGGUGACUCACUUCGCCGGUUGUAUGACUCGAAAUGGGUUGGUUGUUGUCAGCCUGAUAAGCCAAGAAAACAACCGUCUGGUGCGUUUUACGACCUUGACGGAAUUCAAAUGUCUGAGAAGGUUGGUGGUGACAAUCCGAGGAUUUUCAGUUAUGCUGAGCUUUUUAUAGGCUCUAAUGGUUUUAGUGAAGAUGAAAUUCUUGGGAGUGGAGGUUUUGGCAAAGUGUAUAGAGCCGUUUUACCAAGUGAUGGUACUGUAGUUGCUGUGAAAUGCUUGGCUGAGAAAGGGGAACAGUUUGAGAAAACUUUUGAAGCCGAGUUGGUUGCUGUAGCUAACCUACGACACAGGAACCUCGUCAAGCUACGAGGAUGGUGCGUUCAUGAGGACCAGUUGCUUCUGGUUUAUGAUUACAUGCCCAACCGCAGCCUUGACAGGGUGCUCUUCAGAAGGCCAGAGAACUUCACAUCACCAACUCUUAAUUGGGAGAGGAGAAGGAAAAUAAUUGGUGGCCUGGCAGCUGCACUACAUUAUCUUCAUGAACAAUUAGAGACUCAGAUUAUUCACCGGGAUGUAAAGGCGAGCAACGUGAUGCUCGACUCCCAUUUUAAUGCUCGGCUAGGUGACUUCGGCUUGGCACGAUGGCUGGAACAUGAACUUAAGUACCAAACCAAGUUGCCUUCAAUGAGAAACCGCCAAUUUCGCUUAGCAGAGUCAACAAGAAUCGGCGGCACAAUUGGUUAUCUGCCACCUGAGAGUUUCCAGAAAAGAAGUGUUGCUACUGCAAAAUCUGAUGUUUUCAGCUUCGGGAUUGUUGUGUUAGAGGUGGUAUCUGGGAGGCGAGCUGUGGAUCUCACAUGCCCAGAGGACCAGAUUAUUUUGCUGGACUGGAUCAGGAGGCUAUCAGAUGAAGGGAAGCUUUUACAAGCAGGAGACAACAGGCUCCCAGAUGGCUCCUAUGCACUCUCUGAAAUGGAACGGUUGAUUCAUCUCGGGCUUCUUUGCACCCUUAAUAACCCACAACUCCGGCCGAACAUGAAAUGGAUUGUGGAAAUACUUUCCGGCGACAUUCCCGGCAAACUGCCACCGCUCCCAUCAUUUCAGUCCCACCCUCGGUACAUUUCUUUAUCAUCCCCAUCUAAUACUAGCACAAGUAACACCAGCACCACCAGGUCCACCUCCACCCCCAGCUCCAACACAACAAUCACAUCCGCUUCUUCAAACUUUGUGACAGCCAUUGGAGAAACUAUAUAUGCAACUGCAGAAUUUGGAAACCAUGACUUUAGUUCUUCUAACAACAGAAGUCAUCGACGAAGCACACACUUCAUGGUGGAAACUCCAAGAGAAAUAUCCUACAAGGAAAUUAUUUCUGCUACAAACAAUUUCGCUGGCUCACACAGGGUAGCAGAGGUGGACUUUGGAACUGCCUACCAUGGCAUUCUCGAAGACGGCCACCGAGUUUUCGUGAAGAGGCUUGGCAUGACAAAAUGCCCCGCAAUCAAAACUCGAUUUUCAUCUGAACUUCAAAAUUUAGCCAAGCUCCGCCAUAGAAACCUAAUACAGCUCCGUGGAUGGUGCACUGAGCAGGGAGAGAUGCUUGUUGUCUAUGAUUAUUCCGCAAAUCGUCUCCUAAGUCACCUCCUUUUUCAUCAUGAUAACAGAGUUGGUCACUCUAUCUUGAAAUGGCGUCACCGAUAUAACAUUGUGAAGUCACUUGCUUCUGCCAUUCUUUAUCUCCAUGAAGAAUGGGAUGAACAAGUUAUCCACAGAAACAUCACCUCUUCUUCAGUCAUUCUUGAUCCAGACAUGAAUCCAAGACUUGGUAACUUUGCCCUUGCAGAAUUCUUGUCAAGAAAUGACCAUGCCCAUAAAGCAGCCACUAAGGGAAAUAAAUCUGUUCGUGGGAUUUUUGGUUACAUGUCACCGGAGUACAUGGAAUCUGGGGAAGCAACACCAAUGGCUGAUGUCUAUAGUUUUGGUGUUGUAGUGCUUGAGGUGGUCACAGGACAUAUGGCAGUAGAUUUCCGGCGACCGGAGGUGCUAGUAGUCAACAGAGUUCAUGAGUUUCAGGCACAGAAAAGACCACUGGAGGAACUCGUUGAUAUAAGGUUGAACUUCGAGUACGAUCAUAAGGAACUGAUGAGACUUCUGAAUUUGGGAAUUGCAUGCACUAGAUCCAACCCAGAAUCAAGGCCAAGCAUGAGGCAGAUUGUGAGCAUUCUCGAUGGUAAUGAUAAAUUCUUCACGGCAGCAGAGCAAAGGAAGGAAAGUAGAGAGGGAUGGAAAGAAAACAAUGCUUCUUCCUUGUCACUGAUUAAGAGAAUCCAAGCUCUGGGGAUACAAUGAGCAAACAGUUACAAUUUUUUAGUUUUAU